AUUCGACGACGCAUUUAUGCUGCCCACGUUAAGUGAAUCGGUCAAUAUAUACAGUAAAAACUUUCCCAGAGAAAUAAUUAAUCGAACGGAACGCUGGAAGAGCCGCAUUACAGUAUAGUCGAUUCGCGGCUUAGCAAUCAGUAGCUGCAAUUCAGCUGAGGCGCGCAAUGCUUUAUCUCAUAUCGGUCUUCAAAUUUCGCCCUCGUGUGGAUAUAUUUGUGCGCUGAUAAGACAUUGAGCAACGAGACGGGGACAAUAGGUACAUGGCGUCCGAAAAUAGUCUGAACGUCAGUGCAAGUUCCGAGUCCCGAGCAUUGCUUUAGAGAUUCAUCUUGGUAAGGUCUCCUCGCGUCGCUCUUUUUUCGAUAAUUUCGCUCGAAAUGAGCAACAAUGACUUGUGGAUACGUGAUAUACUCGCGAGCUACGGAGUGAUCGCGAUGAUCAUCUUGUGCAUCGUGAUCUGGAUAAUUCGGGAACUGCCGAAACUACGAAGGAACACUUACAAGGCUCAUCUUUUGGGAUUCGAGAUGGAGUGUGCUGAACUGGCCAGUCUGUACAAAGAGCACCUCUUCAAAGUACUACAAUGUAUUAUUUCCAACGACGAAAUACUUCGAUCUAUGGGCUCCAUUCGUAUACUCGAGAUCGGCGUUAAGACGGGUGAAAAUAUACGAUUUUAUCCGGAGGGUACUCAUCUCAUCGGCGUCGAUUGGAACACCAAACUAGGCGAAUAUCUGGUGAAAAGUGGACGCUCGUGGCAAUUUUCUCACGUGAUUAUUGAACGAUUAAUAGUGGGCGAUGGGAGUUCGUUGGAGGGAAUACCAACAGGAUGCGUGGAUGUGGUGGUGACAACUCGAUCACUAUGUUCCGUGAAAUCAGUACGGUCCACUCUUCAGGAAAUUCACAGAGUGUUAGCCCAGGGCGGAAAAUAUAUCUUCGUAGAACACGUGCUUGAGAAGGAAGACACUUUUGUACGAUGGUUACAAAUAGCCUUAACACGAACAGGCAUAUGGCCUUCUUUAUUCGGCGAUUGUCGCUUAGACGCUGAUUGUGUUACGGAAAUAGAAAAUACCGGUUUCGAAAAAGUGUCGUGGACAUCCUUAGCUCUGGAAGGAUAUGUUUCUCAUCCACUUCAUUUGUUUCUCUCUAGACAACACGUAUUUGGUAUAGCAACGCGAUAGAGGUAAUAUAUCAACAUACAAAUAUAUCAUUAAUCCUAUCUCAACUAUCUUUGUACUAAAAUUCUGACACACACACACACGCGCGCGCGCGCACACGCACACACACACACACACACAAAUAAUUUA